AUGCGUAAGAAAAACCUAACCUACAAGCAUCCCGAACCAAGAUCAUUUGAGGAAGCAACUGAUUACGCUAACAUGAUGGUAGAACAGAAACGACGUCUAGAACUUAUCAACAAAGCAUGUUCAGCAGCUAAUAUAUCACGUCAAAUCGAUAUAGACCAAAAUGGCGGUGUGUUCAAGAAUGUUGGACAUCUCUUAGUAGAUGACAAGUAUAAGAUCCUUUUUGGUUUCAUUCCAAAGGUUGGGUGUACCACAUGGAAAGGCGUCAUUAAUAGGCUUCGAUCCACACAUAAAGGCCAUUUAGCAGAAGUAGGGACUCUCAGAAAAUUCAAAGACAAUCAUACUGAAAUCUACUAUCGUAUUCAAAAUUACAGAAAGGUUUUAUUUGUCCGAGAACCUAUUACUCGUAUGUUAUCGGGCUACCUCAGUAAGUUAAAGAAUUUUAAGAAUCUCCAAAGGGUGUGGGAACAGUACAUAGGAGCAAAUAUCGUGAGAAGGUACCGAGGAUAUGACCAUGCGGAAAGAUAUAGAGAUAAAACAAAUAAACCGUUUAUGAAUAUCACUCUAUCAGAGUAUAUUCAAUAUAUUACAGAUAAAGGUACCAAAAUCGUAAUGGAAGAACUCAACGAUCAUUGGCUUCCGCUUCAUGUUGUGUCGAACCCAUGUCAAAUUUCCUAUGAUUUUAUUGGUCACUAUGAGAAUUUAGCGAUUGAAGGCCCUUUUGUUCUGAAAUGGCUCGGUGUAGAUCACUUGGUACCAUUCCCUCAAGUUCAUGAGUCCCAUGCCUCUAAUGAAAUGAUUAAAGAGUAUUCACAAGUGUCUCUAAGUUUACUUAAGAGAAUAUCAGAAUAUUAUGCGUUUGAUUACAAAGCAUUUGGAUAUCAUGUCAACGACACACUGUCAAUUUUGAUGAAAGGUAUAUUCGAUGAGGAAGAAGAUGUCUUGUAAAUUUAUUGACACGAUGUGCUCGAUAGUUUAGGAUUUCAAAAAUCGAUGACAAAACCUGUAUAGAAAAACAAGCGUGGUAUAUAUACUGAAACUCUUUAAGUCCAUGGAUUCUCAAAAGUAUGGGGGCGUAAUACCUAAUUGAAAUAGUAUCAAAUAAUAUUAUAUGUGGAGCGUUGUGGCCCAGUGGAUUAGUCUUUGGACUUUGAAACAGAGGGUCGUGGGUUCGAAUCCCAGCCAUGGCGUAAUUUCCUUCAGCAAGAAACUGAUCCACAAUGUGCUGCACUCAACCCAGGUGAGGUAAAUGGGUACCGGUAGGAAGUAAUUCCUUAAAAAGCUGUGUGCGCUAUGAACGCCUAGCUUAACCGGGUAAUAUAGGAGCGCCUUGAGCACCUAACAAGGUGGAUAUGUGCGCAAUAUAAAUACCCUAUAUUAUUAUACAUGUAUGUACACCUUCAAAAUUGACACUUUGAAGCAAAUUUGAUAAAAACUACUGAAGAUUAAUCCCCCAAAAGUGACUGCAUAUAAAAUAUACAUGUGCCUUUUGACCUUAAAUGAAUUUCCCAAAAAUUGCAUGAUUUUUUUCAUUACUAUGUUCAUUUUUUCACCCUCAAAUAUUAAUUGUACACUGUAAAAAGUUUACUGUAGAUUUUACAGUAAAUUACUGGCAACUCUGCUGCACGGUAAUUUACUGUAAUUUUUAUUUUACAGUAAGCUACUGUAGUUUCGUCCUACAGUAAAUUACUGUAAAUUUGAACUAGCUACAGGAAAAUACCGUGAAAAGUGCUGUAGCUUACUGUAAAAUUUACCAAAUUUUAGAAUUGUUGCUACUGUAAAUUUGGUUAAAUUACAGUAAACUACUGUAAAUUUCCCUUGCAUUACAGUGAGGUACUGUACACUUCCUACAGUAAAAUGCUGUACACCUUCCCAAUUUACCCCCAGUACUGUACACUCCCUACAGUAAUUUACUGUAAAUUGACCCCAUUUACAGUAUGUUUUACUGUAAUUGGCACAACUUCCAAUGACAAAAAUACACUUGAGUAAAACUUUUGAAUGAAACUUUGAAAAGUCUUUAUUGCAUUAACAUGCAGUAGAACUGACAAUGCCAUAUUUCACAAACAGUACAAUUUUUGUAAGGAUCAUGGGCAAAAUGCUGGCAAGUAGAAUGUGUUGCAUAAUCAAAUUUCAAAGAUGACAAUUAUACAGAAACUAUGUACACAGAAAUGUCCUAAGAAUGCUGAUGUUCAUUACAGACCUGUUCACUAAUGUAGUCAAAUUUCAUGAAUACUUUGUUCCUCUGGAUUUGGUAAUAGGUAAUUACCAUGUACUGAAUGGUAUUACAAUAAGUGGCAUCCUUUUUGCAUGCAUAAACUCUUUAUGUAUUUGUUGGACCUGUCAGAGCAAGCAACAAAGGUUGUAAGAACAACCAUAAAAUUUGGUUGGUGUUACUUUAUCUGCUGUUUGCAAUUCAGUUGACUUAAACAUUUUGUAAAUAAAUCUAUUCAACAAGUAAAAUUCACCUUGCAUGCAUUAAAGUAGUUGUAAUUGCUAACCUUACACAAACUUUCAGGCCACUGUAUAUUAAAUGAGAGUACAUUAAUGAACAGGUGUGUUUUAAAGCAAUCCAUUUACAUGAAGGGUACCAUAAUCAUUCAAAUAUUCAGUCAUAACCCAUUAGAAUCAAUUACAAGUGAAAGCAAUUUUUCACUUAUGCAACUACUGCCUGAAAUAAUGGCAAACUUUCAAUUUCUUUAAGAAAACAAAUCUGACUAAAGUGAACUUCCUUCUAGGAGGGCUUGUCUCAGCUGACCUUGGAUGAACACUGGAUGAACAUACACACGCACACACACACACACGCACACACACAGACUCUCUAUCUCUUACAUCCACAUAUCCGUAGUAACACGCAAAAUGCUUACUCCAUGGUAACCUGACGACAAUGCUUCUACCAGAAGAAAACUGAAUUUUUAAGUGAAACUUCUCACUUAUGAGUAAUUUUACAUGUAUACUAUUAAUUGAUAAAAAAUUAAGUGUAUGUCAACUUCUUAUAUAUACAUAUUCCCAAAAAUCUUAUUAAGACAGAAAACCUUAUUCAAUCCUAUAUCAAAAUAAUGAAUAGUCCUAAACACACACUGAACCAAUAAUUUAUAUUACAAGCAUACAAAUACAUUAACUGCCAUGAAUACAUUAAAUUGUGACAAUAAUAUUACAUUGCAUACAAUAUUCCUCACAAAUAAAGUUUCUUAUAACAGUACUAUCAAUUUGAUAUUGAAACUGGCAAGAAAGAACCCGAAUGAGAGUAUUGCUACCAUUGCAAAUACUUAAUAUUUACAUGAAUAUUUGACGAACAAACAUGUACAAAUAUGACCUCCAAUUUUGCCAAAGUAAUGUUUGUACUGUGACACUUGAACAGCUGCGAAAGUGAAAGUAUGAAAAUGUUAUAAUUCUGUGAACAACAAAAUACAAUGUAGUAAAUCCUCAGUAAUCAUAAUGAAGAAAAAUGUCAAUCUGUGAGAAGUAUCUACAAUUUUCAAAUUUUUCUGUACUACAUCAUGCAAAUCUGCUAUUUUGAGAAACUCUUGAAAUGUAAUCAAAAUGUCACAUGCUUUUUCAUUUGAGGAAUUUCUGAUACAUUUAAUAUCCUUUUCUGACUAUAAGAAAACAAAAAAUUGCUACAUCACCUUAAGAUUUCCUGAAUUUCUUGAUAUAAUUUGGUCCUCUUUACAAAAAUGGCUAACAGUCAGCCAUGCAUGAUAUGCAAUAAUGGAGAUCACUGUGUCAUUCAUGUAAUAAUAAUAUAAUAAUAAUCUCACUCCACCUUGGUAGGCUGUGUUAAAGCCACAUACAUUACAGAAGUUUACAUCGUUCUCAGUAAACAGCUUAUUGCAAUAUUUGUCAACAUCUUGAUGACCAAGCGCUUACUACGCAGUAUAUAUAUAUACAUAUAUAUAUAAUGUAGCACAAUGUUGAAAUCGAAAUUGAUUUACAGCAAUGUUAAUCCUAACUAAAGAUGAAUUUUCGACCACGAAUGUUGGAAAUAGAUGCCUCCGCUACUGCCAUACCAUAAAUAUAUUUCCUAGUUUUUAUUUCCAUAAAGAAAAAAAAAACCCUCAAGACCUUUGAUCUUGUGACUUCAAAAUCUAGUCAGAUAACUGUUUCUCAAAAAAGCAAAUAUAUGCAUUUGAUUGAAUCCAGAGAGCUUGAGAUUUGACUUUCAGACCCAAAAUCUUAAUAGAUCAUUGUCACUUGUAUAUGCACAAAUGAGCGAAGUUUGAAGUUGAUUCGUCAAAUGGUUUGGAGUUAUUGCGAGGACGGUAUAUGUUAUAUGUACUUUAUUGUAUUCAAUGACCUUGACUUUUGACCUUGAGACCCCAAAAUCUGAACAGAUCAUUGUUACUUUAACAUAUACACACGAGACAAGUUUGAAGUUGAUCUAUCAAAGGGUUUUGGAGUUAUUGUAAGAAUGGUCUAUUUCUUAUGUAUUUUAGUGAAUUCUAUGACCUUUGACCUUUGGACCCAAACACUUAUCAGCUCAUUGUCGCCCAGAUAUGUAUCCUCAAGUCAAAAAGUAUGAAGUUGACCUGUUGACCGGUUUUUAAGUUAUCGCGAGAACGAAAGUGGGACAGACGGACCGACGGACAACACAAAAACAUAAUGCCUCCGACACCACCUUUGGUGGGCGGAGGCAUACAAACAGUGUGUAGUGCCAUAUAUCUAUGUUUUUGUAUGGUUCAAAUUCGGUUGUAAGGAGAUAUUCUUAACUUUAUUUUUCCAAGUAUGAAACCCCUUUACAUUUACAAUUUCUAUAUGAAUUUUACCCCUCCCCCACUCUUACUUGACCUGGAUUUGAGAAACGGCUAAAAUAAAGUUGUGGGCAAUGUCAACUUAAUAGCAUAUUCAAAUGAAUGUUCUCUCAUAACUAGCAUGUCGACAAUCUAUUUCAGCAAGUUUCUCAUGUUAUGCAAUAUUGGGCAUAAACUCUGUAGUUGCUUGGUCAGACAAAGCUCAACCAAUUAUUCAAGAGGAUGGUGACCAAGCGAACAUAGUAUUAUUGGGUGAUAUAUAAAAUCACAUGUUUUUAGAUGAUGGGGUAAAAUGUACAAAUCAGGAAAUUAAAGCCACUGGAAAUCAGCAAACCGACGCACAAAUGACACUACUUUCGCGUUGCAGUGACUCUUCGACGCAUGGCACUUCGACCCAUCAGGGCUUAUUCCGAGGAGACAUCUGAGAGACAGGGAGAAAAAGAUA